AUGGCACAGUCACAUAACCAAGAAGCGCUUCGACUUUGCGUCAGUCUCGCUCGCGAAGCUCUUGAGGCGGGCGAUUCUCCAUUCGGGUCCGUCCUAGUAGAUCGAAACGACAAGAUUAUCCACCAAGAUCGCAAUCGCACCGUCACAGGCGAAAAGGGAGAUCUAAAGGCCGAUGCGACACUGCACCCUGAGUUUACUAUCGCGCGAUGGGCACAGCAAAAUUUGACGCCAGAGGGUCGAGCAUCUGCUACCGUGUAUACAUCGGGAGAACACUGCGCCAUGUGUGCGGCGGCGCAUGCGUACGUCGGCUUGGGCCGCAUUGUGUACAUUUCUUCCACAGAACAGUACGAGAGGUGGAUGGACGAGGCAAACGUCAAGCGGGGCGCUGUUGCAGGUCUUCCAAUAAACACCGUAGGUCCACAUGUACCGGUUGAAGGGCCAAUUCCUGGGUUGGAUGAGGAGAUUCACGCACUACAUCGCGAGAGGUGGCAGCGAAAAAAGCUUCAGUAG